AUGGCCUCGCCGCCCAAGCCUUGGGAGCGCGCUGGUGCUGCAUCUACAGCAACAGUGGCAUCGCCAACAGCGACCGCAACCGGAAGUGCUGCUUUGUCAACAUCUAACGCCCUCUCCGCCCCUUCAUCCACCACGUCAGGAAAUACGCCCGACAUUCCACCACGACCCGAUUCUCUUGCCUCCAGCGUGAACCAGAACGCUUCAGCAUAUAGUCGCAUGGGAUCUACACCUUACAAUUCGGCCUACUCAUCACCGUAUUCGCGAAUGGGCGCUGGCUACGGAUCGAGUAUGUACGGUAGCUACGGCGGCUACGGCGGAUAUGGAGGGUACGGCGGUAUGGGAGGCAUGGGAAGUAUGGGCGGCAUGGGAAGCAUGUAUGGAGGUGGCAUGUACGGUGGCAUGGGUAUGAAUCCGAAUGAUCCCAACCAGAACAGCUUGACGAGUCGAUUUGGAAAUAGCACCCAGGCCACUUUCCAGAUGCUUGAGGGCAUCGUCGGCGCCUUCGGAGGGUUCGCUCAGAUGCUGGAAAGCACCUACAUGGCAACCCACUCGAGUUUCUUUGCUAUGGUGUCGGUCGCAGAGCAAUUUGGCAACUUACGCGACACUCUCGGUUCCGUGUUGGGAAUCUUCACUCUUAUGCGAUGGAUUCGAACUCUUCUCGCCAAAAUCACGGGACGCCCGCUCCCGGCCGAUGCUACCGCCCUUACGCCAGCAGCUUUCGCACGCUUCGAAGGACGACAGACACCGCCGAAUGGUGCCCCGAGCCAGCCGACACCUAGCCGCAAGCCGCUGGUUUUCUUCUUACUCGCUGCCUUUGGCUUGCCCUAUGUCAUGAAUAAGGUGAUUAGGUCAAUUGCCGCUUCACAAGAGGAGGAGGACCGCAGACGAAUAGAGGUCACUGCACCACUGGAUCCAAGCCAGCUAGAAUUUUGUCGCGUUCUUUACGACUUCACACCACAGGAACCCGCAACCCCAGGUCUUGACUUGGCUGUCAAAAAAGGCGAUUUUAUUGCCGUCCUGGGUAAGACUGAUCCCAACGGGGCUCCCAGUGAGUGGUGGCGUUGUCGCGCGAGAGACGGGCGCGUGGGAUGGCUGCCGUCCACGUUUUUAGAGGUAGCGAAACGCUCUGGACAGCCCUUGACUGCUAUCAAGGCUACAGCUAGCGAGCCUUCCACCACUCGAACCAACUCUAUGACAGCAGCGUCAGUGCCCCCGGCUCCCAAUGGUAAGCCCGGCGAUUUAUCGAUCGAGAGUUUUCAAAAGACGCAGUUCUACUCGUAA